CCAAAAUCUGAAACGUCAGUGCUUACUGAAGAUCUGGUCUCAACAGCCCUCCAAUCACCAGUUUGAAUAAGCAAUACCUGAGGCUAAAAAUAACCACCAGUUCUUCUAGAUAGAUUAGCAAUCGGAUGGAAACCGAAACACAUGUCGGGAAUUACUGAUCAACUAAAAAUAAACACCAGCUAUAGAGCCAUGUCUCAUGUGUGUAGAACGCGGUGCACAGCUCAUUUCACAAGGCCGAUUUAGCAACCGGGUGUGUUGUUUUAAUUAUUUAUUUUUACAAGUGAGUAUUCUGAUUUUCUAACGAUAAUAAGAAUAACGUUAAAAAAAAGGGGAAGGGGGGGGGGGGCCGCGGUAAUUUAACUUAUGGAGGCCUUAAAAAGUGCUUUUAUGUCCAGCUUCUGUUACCUUACGAGUAAUUCUGGUGCACUCGGACUGAUUUUCUAACGAUAAUAAGAAUAACGUUAAAAAAAAGGGGAAGGGGGGGGGGGCCGCGGUAAUUUAACUUAUGGAGGCCUUAAAAAGUGCUUUUAUGUCCAGCUUCUGUUACCUUACGAGUAAUUCUGGUGCACUCGGUUUUUGUAAAAGAUUGUCAGUGUGAACGUAUCAAGUAAGUUUUUUUUUCCAACACACGAACAUUCCAGGACUUCUGAUAACCAAUCGUGUUGAACGUUGAUAAACCGUUUGGACUCGCUGUGCAUAUAGAUUACAUAUAAUAUUUUGAAAUUUUUUGAAUAGAUUAAAUAGCGACCGAGAAACAGUUGAGGAGUAAAGAGUUGGGGGGGGGGGGAUUUUUCUUUACAUUCAUCGGCUGCAUUCUCGGCCAACAGACGAAUUGUUUUCGUGGAUUUCGGGCGGGGGAAAAAAACAACAACUUAGCCUACCUAGAUUUCAGUGACAAUGACAGUUAUCACUCGUAAUAACAUUUUGUUUUUGACUGACUUAGCUGCUGAGUAGGAAACCCGGGUAUGGCUGCCACUCAAUUUUUUUUUAAAUUCCCAAGAUUUGGUCAAAAUAUUUCCCAAGAUUUCCCAAGAUCAAGUUAAUAUAUAAGAGGUUUUUUGUUUUUUUUUUAAAAGGGAAAAAUAUGUUGGGAAUAUUUUUUUAAAACGUGAGUUUUUGUCCUGGAUGGGGUAGUGAAUUCCCAAGAUCCUGGGAAAUUUCACAAGGUGUGGCAGCCCUGAACCCGGGUGUGUAUGAAUUAAACUAAGGUCAAAUUUUCUCACGUCAUUUGCAUGUAUAAAUUCAAUUGCACGUUUCUUUAUAUGAACAUAUGUUUACUAGCAACAGACCAUUACGCGGGUAACAGCUUUUUCUCCAAGUUAGAUCUAAAAGAAUAAUGUUAUGAAAAUCAAAAUUGUGUUAAAUUAAUUAAAAUUUAAAGCAUUAAUUACAAACAGAAAAGGCAUUUAUGAUUUAAAAACUAUACAAAUUUGUCGCCCUCACAUUCAAGCUUUUGGUGUAAAGAAAACAGAUAACAUAAUUAGUGUCCGUAGGUCAAAUCCACGUUUUGACGCAGUAAUUUUGUUGCGAUAAAAUUCGACCCUAGGUGACCACAGCUAACAUUUAUUAACUUUUCUAGUAAAAUUGGGAUUUAAACCAAAAAAAAAAAUAAAAUUUCUUGCAUGUUUGAAAAAUGUAAACACUGGAAGAGGAUGUAGAAAUAUUGGUUUGGACAACUUAACGAAUUAUUUACAUCAAAUCCCAAAAUGAAAGAGUCACUAUGAGACGCCACAUGCAAAGACUGGCUGAGGUCAAUACGUGACCGGCGAAGAGGCAGUUAGAUUGGAUGGCGUCAAUACGUGACCGGCGGAGAGGCAGUUAGAUUGGCUGGCGUCAAAACGGGACCGGCGGAGAGGCAGUUAGAUUGGCUGGCGUCAAAACGUGACCGGCGGAGAGCCAGCUAGCUCGUCCGGACUUUAAAAGUUAAACAUAAUUUCCACUUCUAAAAAAAACGUAUGUAAUGACAUCUUCACCACACCACAAAGUAGUUUUAGACUGUAGAAGAAGAAGAAGAUAGGCGAAAGUUUGAAAUAAUAAGUAUUCUUGACCAAAUGAUUGAUCUUUUCUUUUUUAUUUUAAACUUAUAAUUGUUAUUUUGAUAAAUAUUUGUUAUGUAACUUGAAAAUAAGAUAAAUUCCCUUUUACCAAGAAACAAACCUUGAGAGAAAAAAGAAGUCUAAGUGGUUUCUGUGACGAAAAAUACAAUAAAAUAAUAAAAAUUAAAGGACCUCACGAAGCUGUUGGCAAGGUUGUGUCCAGGACAGUUAUCUGCGGUUUCGCUGAAAUCCUUUCUACUCCCAUCUUUUGAUUUAUGUAGGGUUUGAAAUGUAUAACUAUAACCGCUAAUCAGUUUGUUUGUUUUUUCGGUCGAGAUUAAGACGUUAAGUCACAACUGGUUCUCAAAUUAUGACAAACUAUACGGUUGGGGAAGUGGGUUGGGGGGGGGCGGCUAGACUCCGAUAAGCUUCAUUAGCUUCGUAGCACACAAUACGUUUGUGUAAUUAAACAUUCAUGGCUAAGAUUUAAUUCAAAGGAGAAAACAAAAAUUUAUUUUUAACAAAGAGAGAAAGGAAAAAAAAAAAGGAAUAUCACAACUAUUUAAUAGCAAAGAAACGGAAGUUUCCCACAGCCCCCCCCACCCACCCCCCCACCCCCCAAAAAAACACACCCUCUUUUCUUACGUUAUUGAUGAUUUAUUUUAAGUUCAUUAAAUUAGUGUUUCUGAUUGGAUGACCAUUUCGCAAUAGCUUUUGAAUGUUACAUGCUUACUUUACAUAAAGCUUAACUGUACUGUUAAACUUAUGCAAAUCGUGUUGCUUGUUAUUCCAAGUUGUGACCUUUCAUGACUCGGUUUGUAUGGAAGUCUAAAUUAUUGCGUCAAAAUAGAUAGAUAUAUUUUUUUUUUCAGGCUGUCAGUUUGAACUCCGUCAACAAACAAUAAUUCUUCUUAUUCUUCUUAUUGAAAUAACAGCCGUGGGAGAAGACGGGACUUCAGCUUAACGGUAAGCGUUGGCUUAUAAAGUGUGUAACGUCCAAUUUUAGCUUUCGUUUGAAGGUGUACAGCCGAAAGGUUGUAUGUGUAUUUUGUCCUUUCAUCAAAACAUAACUCUCAUUACUAGAGACAGGAAAUGGGCGCGUCUUUCGUAAAAAAUUUAAAAAAAAAAUAAUAAAAUGAACUUGUAACGAUGGAACUGAAUGUUUUAGACUUGGUUGCUUCUAGGAAUCAUGGGGUAGCAUUUGAUGAAAAAUGUAACUGCCUAGCACUGAAUCAGACAUUUUGAUUCAACUCCUGAAUACACACAUUAUUGACGCACAGCUGUUACUGUGUUAUGCGGCCUAAGAUAAGGGGACACAGCCGGUUGUUUGACACAUUGCCGCCUACAGCGGACUAAUCAGAAGCGAUAUCACUAGAAAAUAUGGAGUAAAAAAAGAGAGAGAGAAAAUAAUCAGCUGUAACGCCGUUAAAAAAUAAUAAUAAUAAUUAUAAUUUCUAAAAAAAAUUCAGGAACAAAAUAUAUUUACUUUGCGCUAGUUAUGGGGGAAAAGAAACUCCUUGUUAAUUGUUAUUACAAUCAUAACAAUGAUAUAUGUUGUUUUUUUUUCCAGUCAACAUGUCUGGAGUCACAGAGUACACGUUGAUACUUGUGGGUAAAACAGGCGUCGGAAAGAGUGCAACCGGAAACACAAUUGCUGGAGCAUCCGCGUUCAAGGUCAGCGACUCCAGUGAAUCUGUUACAUCUGAAUGUCAAGUUAAAGAAAGUCAGCGUUUCGGUUUCAAACUGACAGUGCUGGACACACCUGGAGUAAUGGACACAGCUGUCAACAGCGACGCAGCUAAAGAGAAAACGUGCAGAGAAAUGAUAGAGGCCAUCUCCAAGUGUCCAGAUUCUGGAAAACGAGCUCUCUGCCUGGUGCUGAAGUACGGCGAGCGCUUCACCGAAGAAAACAAGAAAUCUUUGGACAUUCUGACGCGAGUGUUUGGUGAUGAAUUCCUGGCCAAGUUCUGUGUCAUCAUAGUCACACUUGGCGAUGUGUUUGAUACAGAAUACGAGGGGAAAAAGUCUUUUAACGAAUGGUGUCAGGAAACCAAAGGAGAGCUGGGGACGUUGCUAAAACAAUGUCAGUACAGGUGCGUGCUUUUCAGAAACAAAACCAAAAUUGAUGAUAUCAAGAAAAGCCAAAUGAAAGAGUUGAUCAAAUAUGUAGAGGAACUGGAUGAAGGCUACACCGAUGAUAAAUUUACAGAGGCGAAAAAGAGACACAGGCGAUUGCUUCUUGAAGCGAAUUUGACAAAAAUACUCGACAUGUUUAAUACAAAGAAUCGGCUGGUGUAUCAAGAUAUAGAUAACAUGAGAUUGAAUGAGGUCGAAGAGAAGCGCGUUCUAGUUCUGAAAGAUAAAGCGUUGACGGUGUUGAAUGAGAUUGAUCAAGAGGAUGAGGGUGUUUUCUAUGACAGUGAAGAGAAGAGUUUGUUGGACGUUGCAAGGGUGUGUUCUCAACAGAUUAUUAAAAAAUGUGAUGAUCUAAUUCACUUAGCGAAAUUAAAGAAGCUGAAGAUUAAAAUGCAAAAUGAAAUAAUGUCACUGAAUCAUAAAUGUAUCGACUGCACGUCAUCUCAAUGCUCUUUAGAAACCGUGGAUAAACUAGAGCAGAAAAUGAAGGAUUUACUUGAAGACUACAAAAGAUACGGUUUGGACUUCAGCGGAGGCGACUUGAUUAAGUGUCAACCGUCAAUUGAUUACGAGGGUGACAAAGAAUUCGUGCGAGAAAAUGAGCUGAGUUUCUUCGAUGACGUGAAGAGGCAAUGUGAUCUCCUCACCAAAUCACUGAGCCGCUUAAAAAACGGCGUCGUCUUCGAAACGAACAGAAACGAAAUUCAAAGAAAGACGCAGUCCUUGAGGAGAGAACUGGACGCUGUGCCGAACUCAGAGAUAAGCACGGGCCAUUUGACAACUAUUAAAACAGAAGCAGAAAGCCUUCUGCAGAAGUGGGAAGAAGACGACACCAUGACUGAGGCUCUUGAGCCGUUGCGAGAGCUGCUCAGGCGGGUUGAGCUGAAGAUAAAGAACUGUGAGAUCAACUUCACGGCAGAGAUUAUUGGCGGAGCUCUCUCCGUCGCUUCCGGAGCUGUGAGCGCUAUAGGGGGCGUGGCAGGUUUAAGUAAAAACUUUGUAGCCCUUGGAGUCAGCAAAGCAGCCCCAGGUGUAGCCAGCGCCAUGAGAGCCAGUGGGGACGUCGUCAAGUCAGUUGUGCGUUGGGUUGGCGGAAAAGAUUCUAAAGCGAAAUGAAAAAAAAAAAAAAGAAUUCAACAAAAAGUUGCAAAUAAUAACAAACGUUACAAAUAAUAUUACAAAUAGUACCAAAUGUUGCAAAUAUACAAAACGUUGCAAAAAGUACAAAAAAUUGCAAAUAGUACCAAAAGAUACUCAUAAUAAAAAAAGUUGCAACUGAUGAAAAAGCUACUAAUGAUAACAAAAGUGGUAAUAAAUAUCAUUAUAGAAGUUGUAUAAAAAAUGAAUUCUUAUGUAAAAAAGAAAUAAAAAGUAACUAACUGUAUUUGGUUAAUUUAAAAAAUUUUUAUGAAACCAAAAUAUCGUGCCUUCUAUAUGCUAUUAUUAUUAAUCGAGAUAUUUAUAUAUUUAUAUAUUUUGUAAACCCUUUGGCUUUCAUUUUUG